UACGUCAAUUCAAAUUUGUACAACCUUUUUUCGAAAUCCAACUAUUUAGCACAAAAAAAAAAUAUAUAUUUUUUAGAAAAAUGUUGUCGAAAAUCUUCCAACGCGGCUUUUUGGGUGCAACUAAAAAUUGUUUGAGCUUUGGUGCAAAUCGAGUUUUCAGCAAUGAAUACAGUCCUUAUAUACCCGGCGGUGGACUUGAGAAGCUACAAGGCGGCUUUAAGGAGGAAAGCUUUUUUAAGCUAAACGACGUAAAAUUGAUGCUGAAAAUGCGUGAACAGACAUUACGUGGCUCUGGAUAUGACACCAGUGAUAUUAACAUUGCAAUUGCAGAGGUCGACCGUUUGCAACGCGAUACGGAAAAUGAGGUUCAUCGUCAGCAUAGUUUAAUGAACAAGCAAAAGAAUUGCAUGGAGGAGCUAUACUUUCUGGUCGAAGAAACGAUGAACUUGCAUAAAUUAGAACAGAAAAUGCGCGUGGAAGUCGAACAGAAGUUGCGUGAUGAACGCGCAAUGAAGGAGCGUCAACGUGCUUCCGCUGAGUUAGCAAAUCAAAUGGAAGCGAUGCCUAAAAUGCGCAAAGCCCCAGUAUUCAAGUGAAUUUUUAUUUAUAUAUAUUUUUUUCCAAUCUCCUUUUUAUUGAAAGGCAAAGAAAAAUUACGAUACAAAUAAUAUAUUUUUGGAUAAAAAUACGUUUAUAUGCACGUUGGCUUUUUUAAAUUUUAUUUCGUUUUUAAGAGCUACAUACGUUUGUUUCCGGAUGCAUAUCUGAAAAAGUGGGUGAAAUUUAAAAAAGCCCAACUGCCGAAUCGUACGUUGCAUAAAUACGAGUAUAUAAACGAAACAAAAACAAACUAAGACACAAAACUUGUUAACGAGCAACUGUUGUACAAACGUUUUGCACAAAAGCGCGUAAAGGUCGUUUCGAACAUUUAUAAGUAGUAGAAAAUUUGCAGUAACCAAUUUUAGGUAAUAAAAAAAAUCAUCGAGACUUGUGAAAGUGACCCAAAAAAGCCACUAACAGAAAGCAAUUAUUUAUUAAUUGAUAAGUUUCGAAUUCUAUCGUUAGCUGAAUACUAGGCACAUGCAUUCAUAUAUCAUAUAUUUGUAUGUAGUAUUUAUUUUAUGAUUUUUUCCUUAAGAAUUUAAUAUUAAAAUAUAUUUGAGCGAAU